AUGGGGGACGAGAACCGGAUCGUGGGGGGCCAGAGCUGCCAGAAGAAGCGUCACCCCUACCAGGUUGUCCUCCUGGGCCCUCAGAAGAACAUCCACUGCGGACCUCCACCCGACCUCCACCGCGUGGACCUUCUGUGGCACGUGUCACGCCCACCAAGGAACCUCACCGUGGUUCUUCUCUCCAUCUUCUCCAGCUCCAUCCCCAUCCGCAUGGGCGACCACAGCUUGAGGACUAAGGAAGGGACGGAGCAGUGCAUGAACUCGGCCAAGGCCUUCAUCCACCCUGACUAUGAUGCCACCAGCCAUGACAGUGACAUCAUGCUCCUGAAGCUCCAGAAACCGGCCCGCUUCACCGAACACGUCCACCCGGUGGCCCUACCCAAACGGUGUCCUCCCCCCAACAGCGAGUGCAUUGUCUCGGGGUGGGGAAGCACCAGUAGCCCUGAAGGCUACUUCCCCGAUGUUCUCCAGUGCGGCGUGGUCUACACCAUACCCAACGAAGAGUGCGCCAAGCUCUACCCCCAGGGCAUCACCAAGAGGAUGCUCUGCGCCGGCGUCAGCUCAGGGGGCACCGACUCCUGCCAGGGCGACUCGGGAGGUCCACUGGUGUGCCAGAACGAGCUCCAGGGCAUCGUGUCGUGGGGGAUGCAGGUGUGCGGGCAACAGGGCAAACCGGGCGUCUACACCCGCGUCUGCGAGUUCACCGCCUGGAUCCACGAGACCAUGAGGAGGAACAGCCGUGUCUGA